AUGCGUGAGGAAGCUCGAGAAAGAAGAAAUGCCGAGUUUAUCACCAUCCUUCUCUUCCUCUAUGUCACCAUCGCUACUAUUAUCAGCCACACAAAAAAGCAGCUCAGCUUCUGUAAUAGUGUGGGCUUCCUAGGCAUCACUUGGGCCUUCAGUAGCAUGAUCUUCAUCCUCGUUUACUGCAUCGCCAAUAUCACUGGUGGCCACAUCAAUCCUGCAGUUACAUUCGAAUUGUUCUUAGCCAGGAAGGUGACGUUCAUCCAAGCUUUAGUGUAUAAGGUGGCUCAAUGCUUGGGAGCUAUUUGUGGUACUGGACUGGUCAAGGCUCGGUGGUGGCCUAGUUGUGGACGUAUUGCUUUGGAAGAAUUAGUGCAGAGGGGUCAUGGUUUUGGUUUUAUCAACAGCAAUAUGGAUGGAAAAUUACCUACAAAUAAGUUAAAGAAGAUAGAGUAG